UUAGCACAGGAUUGGCAGGACAGCCACUGAGCUCCUCAGAGAUGGAGCAACAAUUUACUGUGUAUAUAUAUGCACAUGCAUGCUGCAUGCGUGUGUGGAGGCCAAAGGUUAUCAUCGGUAUCUUCCUUGAUCAUUAUCCAGCUGAUCUCACCCCCAAUUUAAACAUUUAUUUACUCUCUGUGUGUGCGUUCCACAGCUGCCUCUUGUGAAGGUCAGAGGACAAUUUCUGGGUUCUAAAGAUAGAGCUCAGGUUGUCCAGCGAAGACCUUUAUCCCUAAGCUAUCUCAUUGGCUCUCUCACUCACUGAACCUGAAGUCCAUUGAUCUGGCUAGGCUGGCCAUUGAGCAUGAGCUCCGACCCGCCUGGCAUUGAGCUCCCCAGCCCACGCUCCCCAGCCCGUGCACUUGAGGUUACAGACGUGGGUACUGGGGAUUGUUCUCAGGUCCUUCUGCUAUGUGGCCUACAUUUUACCACUGAGCCACCCUCUUAGCCACAGGCUUAACUUUAACAAUCCCUAGAUUGAUUUAUCUACUUUGAUCUAUUUGCCACUUUCCAGAAUGCAUCUAAACAGAAAUACAGAGGAAAAGAAUAAAGAUGAGGAAGUGGUGUAGGCAGUCCCAAGAAAUCUGUUUUGGAGGUAAAAGUUGAAUUUGCAAAAAUAUGCAGCAUACACUUAGACAGGUAUCAUUAUGAUGUUGACAAUAAAGGCCUUAUCUCCAGCAGAUAUGCUCAUAUGAGAAAACCCACUUCAAGCACUUUUUAAGUAUUUCCCCUUCAUUGAACCAGCAUGGCAGGGUUCAAGCGAGGCUAUGAUGGAAAAAUUGCUGGAUUGUAUGAUCUGGAUAAAACCUUGGGUCGAGGUCACUUCGCAGUGGUCAAACUGGCCAGGCAUGUCUUCACAGGUGAGAAGGUGGCAGUGAAAGUCAUUGACAAGACGAAGCUGGACACUCUAGCCACUGGUCACCUCUUCCAGGAAGUCAGGUGCAUGAAGCUAGUGCAGCACCCCAACAUCGUGCGUCUCUAUGAGGUCAUAGACACCCAGACCAAACUGUAUCUCAUUCUAGAACUUGGAGAUGGAGGAGAUAUGUUUGAUUACAUAAUGAAGCACGAGGAGGGUCUUAAUGAAGACUUGGCCAAGAAGUACUUUGCUCAGAUAGUUCACGCUAUAUCCUAUUGCCAUAAACUCCAUGUGGUUCACAGAGACUUGAAACCAGAGAAUGUAGUCUUUUUUGAAAAACAAGGUCUUGUGAAGUUGACAGACUUUGGCUUCAGCAACAAGUUUCAGCCUGGAAAGAAGCUCACUACAAGCUGUGGGUCUCUUGCGUACUCUGCUCCGGAAAUCCUGCUUGGCGAUGAGUACGAUGCCCCUGCAGUAGACAUAUGGAGCCUGGGUGUGAUCCUCUUCAUGCUGGUGUGUGGGCAGCCGCCCUUCCAAGAAGCCAACGACAGUGAGACACUGACCAUGAUCAUGGACUGCAAGUACACUGUGCCGCCCCGUGUGUCUGCAGGGUGCAGGGACCUAAUCACACGGAUGCUGCAGAGAGACCCCAAAAGGAGAGCCUCUUUGGAAGAGAUUGAAAGCCACCCUUGGCUCCAGGGAGUGGACCCCUCACCAGCCACCAAGUAUAACAUUCCCCUCGUGUCCUACAAGAACCUCUCGGAAGAGGAGCACAAUAGCAUCAUCCAGCGCAUGGUGCUUGGGGACAUCGCAGACCGAGACGCCAUCGUAGAAGCCCUGGAAACCAACAGGUACAACCACAUCACCGCCACUUACUUCUUACUUGCUGAAAGAAUCCUGCGAGAAAAGCAAGAGAAAGAAAUACAGACCAGGUCUGCGAGCCCCAGCAACAUCAAGGCCCAGUUCAGGCAGUCGUGGCCAACUAAAAUUGAUGUACCCCAAGACCUUGAAGAUGAUCUCACUGCCACCCCUCUGUCACAUGCCACAGUCCCGCAGUCUCCUGCUCGGGCUGGUGACAGUGUCCUCAAUGGCCACAGGAGCAAAGGCCUGUGUGACCCAGCCAAGAAAGAUGAGCUCCCGGAGCUGGCGGGGCCAGCACUGUCCACUGUUCCACCGGCAAGCCUGAAGCCCGCAGCCAGUGGGCGGAAGUGUCUCUUCAGGGUGGAAGAAGAUGAGGAGGAAGAUGAGGAGGACAAGAAGCCUGUGUCCCUGUCCACGCAGGUGGUGCUGCGCCGGAAGCCAUCAGUCACCAACCGCCUGACAUCUCGAAAGAGUGCCCCGGUGCUCAACCAGAUCUUCGAGGAGGGCGAGUCUGACGACGAGUUUGACAUGGACGAGAACCUGCCACCCAAGCUGAGCCGGCUGAAGAUGAACAUCGCGUCACCAGGCACAGUGCACAAGCGCUACCACCGCAGGAAAAGCCAGGGCCGUGGCUCGAGCUGCAGCAGCUCUGAGACCAGCGAUGAUGACUCUGAGAGCCGCCGGCGGCUGGACAAGGACAGUGGCUUGGCUUACUCAUGGCACCGGCGUGACAGCAGUGAGGGGCCACCAGGCAGUGAGGGCGAUGGUGGCGGUCAGAGCAAACCUAGCGGCGGUGGUGGUGUGGACAAGGCCAGUCCAGGAGAGCAGGGCACAGGCGGCAGUGGCCAGGGAGGCUCAGGUGGGACCCCAUCGGGUACAGCAGGUUCCUCCAGGCGCUGUGCAGGCCCUGACUCCUCCUCAUCCUCCCCCGCCUCUGCCGCUCCACGUGGUGCAGAGCUUGUGCAGAGCCUCAAACUCGUGAGCCUGUGUCUAGGCUCGCAGCUCCAUGGCGCCAAGUACAUUCUGGACCCGCAGAAGGCCUUGUUGUCCAGCGUGAAGGUGCAGGAGAGGUCCACUUGGAAGAUGUGCAUCAGUGCCCCAGGCCCUGGCCCCUCCGCUGACCUUGACCCUGUGAGGACCAAGAAGCUGAGGAACAACGUGCUCCAGCUACCUCUGUGCGAGAAGACCAUCUCCGUGAACAUCCAGCGCAGCCGCAAGGAAGGGCUGCUCUGCGCCUCCAGCCCUGCCAGCUGCUGCCACGUCAUCUGAGCUGUAGCGUGCUCACUUCAUCUGUUCUGACGUGACAAUGCAUGGUCUUUGUGCAUGCUGCUACACGCUACUUUUCUUUUCCAGCCGAAAAGUCUACUGUGUGAUUUUACAUUCAUGAUUUUCAGUGUGGAUGACCAGGAUGAAGUUGUGUAUCUGGAACCCAACGUAAUGGAGCGCUUAGAAAUUCAUGUUCUGCACUUAACCUGGAGGGAAAUGCUUUCGUUUCCUUGUGAAAAGCCCAAAUUCCUGUCCUGACCUCCGGUGAUAGGGAAACUCCAUGCUCUGAGGCCCACUGGUGCCCGAGACAGAACCAAAGCAAUAACGUGGUGAUGCGAUGCCCACAGGCCAGCCGCCCGGGGCCUGUGCACCGAGAACCUUAGAGCCACAGUCUGAGCGCCCACACCUGUUUGUCUUAAGUGACUGUGAACGCAGU